AUGGAUUCAUCAACUGUGAUAUUUGACCAAAAGGUCAUUAACGGGUUUGCGGCUGUGCUAACAUACGCAGCCUGCGAAUGGUUCCUCAUAUUCCUCAUGUUCAUCGAUGCUCUUCUCUCCUACCUUCUCGUCUGGUUUGCACGUUACUGCAGAUUGCAGAUGCCAUGUUUCCUCUGUUCCAAGCUUCUUCAUCCUCUACACUGGAGAUUCUUGCUCUGCAGAAACCACAGAUCAGAGGUUUCUUCCUUCAUGUCAUGUCACAAUCACGACAACAACCUCGCAGACUGUCGAGGAAUGUGCGAUGAUUGCCUCUUGUCCUUCACCAAAAUGACAGGACCGAAUCCAGACAUGAACAGAUUGCUUCUUGGGAAACUAGGUUAUGAUCUGCUCUCUAAAAGCCAUUUUGCUCACCCUAGAUCCUGUUCUUGUUGCAAUAAACCGUGGAGGACAAGGCACCAUACACAGAGACUGAUUCGGUUAGGCUCUCGAGGAAGAAACUCCUCCGGAAAACCUAAUAUUCCUGCUCCAAGGCAUCAUCUUACACGACGAGGAAGCUCUGGAAGUUUGAAGAAGAUGAGAGAUCGUAAGGCAACAAGUGGUGCUGAGUAUGUCGACGUUGGUAGCCGCAGCGACGGUAUGGCUCAUGUGGGUUACACAGAGCUGAAGAUUCACUCGGAUUCUGAAUCCGAGUUCUUGUUUUCUGAUGAUGAUGCUUUCCUACAAAUGACGGACUUCAAUAUUGAGCCAUCUGAGAAACGUGUUCACAAGUCUCGUUCUCGGACAUCGUUUGAAGACAAGAAGAUGUCGUCGAAUCAUAAACAGCCUGCUUUGCGAGUCAACCACGAUAAGAACAUUCAUAGAGAAGAUUUAGAAAAAGCCAAAUCUUUCAAGCCUGAGCGUCAUCUUGUAGGCAAGACUCAUCAAGAACGACCUGUUAAAUCAGAGGAGCAUGAGGCUGUACUCUAUGAGCUUAUAACUAUGAGUGAAGCUCGUCCGUUCUCACUGGGAUUACCUCAAGAGGAUGAUGCAGGAGUAGAAGCACAAAAUGAAACUGAAGCUGAGGCAAGUGGAAACUCGUCUCCUUCUUGUGGGGAUUUCUUGAGCCCUUCUGGAGAAAACGGUCCCUCUCGGGAAAUCAAGUUUCAAGAGCAGGGUGAUUCCGCAGACUUUGCUCAAAACAUUUCCGGUUCAGCUGCGAAGAUAGAAGAAUCUGACGCAGAUAAUGAGCAAAAAGUCUCUGAUCACACAGAUGUUCCUGGUUCUGUUGCAGAUGAAUCUUCAAGUGAUGAGGAAAAUAGAGUUGAAGAAGAUUUCAAGCCUUUGACGUCAAAUGAGGAUAAUGAAAACAAUGUUGCAGAGGAAUACUUCAGCAAUGAAGAAGAAGAUGAGGUCAAUGGACAUUCCGAGCCUUUGAUAUCAAAAGAUAUAUCUGGUUCAUUUGCUGAAGAACAAUCCAGUGAGGAAGAAGAUGGAAGUAAUGGCUAUUCGGUUGCAAAAUCCCAUUCCAGUCAUGAAGAAGAGGAUGUGAAUAAUGGAGACUCUGAACCUUUGGCAUCAAACAAUGAGACUGGUUCUGCCACAGAAGAACACUCUGGUAAAGAAGAGCAUGGAGAUCAUGGAGAGACUGAGCCUUUGGCGUCACCCAAAAUCUCCAACGAAGAAUCCUCAUUAGAGCAGAUCGAUAAAGAUUCCUCUAAGGUAACAGAGACUCAUAACACUUCAAAUGGAUCACCGGAACUAAAGCACUCUGCUUCUGUGGAAUCUUUUGUAAGCAUUAACAGUGACAUCGAAGGGGAAAGUCUUGUUGAUAUGUUAAAGCAGCAGCUAGAUCAUGACAGGAAAUGCCUUAGAGAUUUGACUAAAGAAUUAGAGGAAGAAAGGAAUGCCUCAGCUAUUGCUACAAAUCAAGCAAUGGCGAUGAUCACACGGUUGCAGGAAGAGAAAGCAGCUCUCCAUAUGGAAGCUUUACAGUACCUGAGAAUGAUGGAUGAGCAAGCUGAGCACGACGUUGAUGCACUUGAGAGAGCAAACGAUGUCUUGGCUGAUAGGGAAAAGGAAAUACAAGAUCUUGAGAUGGAGUUAGAAUAUUAUAGAGUAAAGUAUCCAGAUGAGCCAAGAGAAGAAAUUCUCGCUAGCAUGGGAAUUCUCGAGAAUGUAGAAACCAGCGGCACCUCGGCAACUGAUGAGACCAGUGAGAAAGUUCCAACAGACACCACACUUCCCGGUUCUCCGGAAAUUUGA